CGUAUGGAAAACUAGAGGGCAGAAAGACAGACGCACCAGAGGAAAAGUUUCACCUCACCUUCCCUCCAGCGCGUCAAGAGUUCACCUUGACUGUGACAUAGCGGGGGACGUUUUUUGAAAACCUUUUCCAUGAUUGUUUGAGUCGGGCUACACGGACCUGAGGAGCUUUCACUGCUUGUCGAAGGGCUGUCAACACAAUGGGACGCCUGUUUCUGCUCCUGGUUGUCACUCUCUCCCUACUCACCUGCCAGGUGUUGUGCUCCGGAGUGUUUGAGCUGAAGCUGCAGGAGUUCCUCAACAAGAAAGGGGUACCGGGGAACUCAAACUGCUGCCCCGCAGGCUCCUCUCAUCAGCAGGGCCACAGCCAGCAGUGUGAGUGCAAGACCUUCUUUCGGGUUUGCUUGAAGCAUUACCAGGCAAACGUCUCCCCCGAGCCUCCCUGCACCUAUGGCGGCGCUGUGACUCCCGUCCUCGGCUCCAACUCCUUCCAGGUGCCGGAGACCAACGCGGACAGCUUCACCAACCCCAUCCACUUCCCCUUCGGCUUCACGUGGCCGGGGACGUUUUCACUGAUCAUUGAAGCUCUGCACACUGACUCCCUGGAUGACCUGACAACAGACAACCCGGAGCGUCUGAUCAGCAGGGUCACUACGCAGCGUCACCUGACUGUGGGAGAAGAGUGGUUCAAGGACAUACAGACGGCCGGCAGAACUGAACUGCGUUACUCCUAUCGCUUCCUGUGUGAUGAGCACUACUACGGCGAUGGCUGCUCUGUCUUCUGUCGGCCCAGAGAUGAUGCUUUUGGGCACUUCACCUGUGGCGAGCGCGGGGAUAUCAUAUGCAACUCUGGCUGGAAGGGACAAUACUGCACUGAAUCAAUCUGUCUUCCUGGCUGUGACGAAGAACAUGGUUUCUGCGAUAAACCUGGAGAGUGCAAGUGUCGAGUGGGCUUCAGUGGGCGUUACUGUGAUGACUGCAUCCGUUACCCAGGCUGCCUCCACGGCACCUGCCAACAGCCCUGGCAGUGUAACUGCCAGGAGGGAUGGGGUGGGCUCUUCUGCAACCAGGAUCUGAACUACUGCACACACCACAAGCCCUGUCUCAACGGAGCCACCUGUACCAACACUGGCCAGGGCAGCUACACUUGUUCCUGUCUGCCUGGAUACACGGGCGCCAGCUGUGAGAUCCAGGUCAGCGAGUGUUCUGGAAGCCCCUGCCGCAACGGAGGCAGCUGCACUGACGACGACGGCGGCUAUAAGUGCACCUGCCCGCCCGGUUUCUAUGGCAACAACUGCGAGUUAAGUGCCAACACCUGUGCCGACGGGCCUUGCCUUAAUGCCGGGCGUUGCGCCGACAACCCUGAAGGUGGCUACUUCUGUCAGUGCCCAAUGGGAUACGCCGGCUUCAACUGCGAGAAGAAAAUCGACCACUGCUCCUCCAACCCCUGUUCAAACGGUGCAAAAUGUGUGGACCUGGUGAACUCCUACCUUUGUCAGUGUCCCGAGGGAUUUUCAGGUCAAAACUGCGAGGACAGCAGCAGCCUCAGCGGAUACUGUCAGUCCUUCCCUUGUCAGAACGGCGGGACGUGUCAGGAGGAAGCAAACGGCUACACCUGUACCUGCCCUCCAGGAUAUACUGGCGAAAACUGCAGCUCCCCCAUCUCCCGCUGCCAUCACGACCCCUGCCACAAUGGAGCCACCUGCCACGAGCGAGGUGGACGCUACGUGUGCGCCUGCGUCCCCGGCUACGGCGGUCACAACUGCCAGUUCCUCUUGCCACAGGUUCCCAGGGGUCAGCCGGUGGUGGAUGGGCCGGAUCGGCGAUAUUCUUCUCCGGAAAAUGAAAAUGCCGAAGACGAGGAGGAUGACGACAGUGGAUUCCCGUGGACCGCUGUGUGUGCCGGGGUCUUCCUUGUACUUGUGAUUCUGAUCGGAAGCUCAGUGUUGGUGGUCUACAUCCGGGUCAAACUGCAGGAGAGGAACAGUCACCACAGCGACAGUGUCCACAGCGACAGCCGCGAGACCAUGAACAACCUGACAACCACCAACAAUUGUCUCCGCAGUGACAAGGAACAGGUUGCUGUAAUGACAACGUCAAUAAAAAACAUCAACAAGAAGGUGGAUUACCAUUCGGACAUCGACGGGCCCCUCGGGGGUGUGAGUGGAAUGAGUGGGCUCAACGGAUCAGAGAAGAACGGCUUCAAGACCCGCUACCCCAGUGUGGAGUACAACCUGGUCCAUGAGCUCCGGCCUGAGGACCUGUCGCUGUGUAAAGAAGACGAGCGUGACGAGCCAGAGGUUAAAUGCGAAAUGUUUGAUGAGGCUGACUCGGAGGAAAGAUACAGGAAGAGACAACACAGUGACGCAUCAGAAAUGAAACAAGCCGACGACUCACCAAGCUGCAGUGAAGCAAAAUAUCAGUCAUCCAGCGAGUUGAACUAUCACGCAGCGAGUGACCGCAAAUACCAGUCAAGUAGUGAAGUUGAAUACCACAGUUCCAGUGACAGCAGGUACCAGUGUGCCAACGGCACCAAAUACCAGUCCGUCUACGUCAUGUCGGACCAAAAAGAUGAAUGUAUCAUUGCCACAGAGGUAUGAUACCAGUCCAGACCAGAUCAGACCAGUUUCCUGUGGUUGAUGGCGGUCCACACACACCAGCCCUGAGUAGUAGAGCUCAGCUUGUCUCCGGGAGGUUUUACUCCUGCUGUUUGCUGCUGUUCCCUGGGAUUUACCUGCAGACGUUGAGCCAAGGUGCCACUGAGCCAACACAUAGUCAGUACCGACUUGGCAAGGACUUAGUACUACAGUAGUACUACGGGUGGAUACUUGACAUUUAUGAGCUGCGAUGGAUGUCGAAUGCAGACUCGGUGCUGUGGAUGAAGCAACAGAAGACGGUGCUAACACUCGUACAAACCUGGUACAGAAAUAGUGCUGACCAAGCACUCAUGCAGCAGUGGAAGAUGAGCCCCUUGUCCCAGGAGGAGCUAUGGAGUAUUGACUUGGAUGUUGGCCGAAGAUAUUGUAGUACCAUGGAGUACUGGUUGAUUGAACUGUGUAGUACCUUUGGAGUACUGAGAACUUUUGAAGUACUGUUUUAGUACUGUUAUGUGCUGUGGUUUUACGGUGCAGCAUAAAAGCUGUUUUUGGAUAUUGGACAGUUCAUGUUCUGUGCAGUGCUGCAGAGUGAAGGAUGAAGUAAUAGUAGCGGUCCCUGUACUUUGCUACAAUUGCAGCUGUUUCUGCUGUAUAUAAAAUGUGUCGUUAAGAAUUCAUUGAAGUCCCAAUUGGAGCUUUUCCUGACAAAACAACAGUAACAACAGUGGGACAGCAUGCGCACAUCUUGAGCUGUGCAGCACUGACAGAGACAGUGUUGGCUGAGCUGGUUCUCAGCAUAAGAAAUCGAGAACUGAAGACUCCAGUAGUGACUGCAGAUUGAUCCAACAUGGAUCCUGUUGGGCCAUACUGGCCCCCUGACCCCUGAAAGUUGUGAUACACAGGGCAAUGUUUUGGGAAGGGCAAAAUAAGAAACACAAGAAUCAGUACAGGGGAACAAACACAGGAAGAGAUGAUGAAACAAAUCAGACAACAUUUAAAGGAAGUGUAAUUUUUCAAUUACAGAAUUUGUUUUAUUUUCCCCCCCAUAAUUAUCAUAAAGAACUUGCUCAUACACUUCCACAGAUGAUGCUGUUGUGUUUCUAAGCAAGCCGACCUAUCAAGGAAUAGUCUUAACUGCCAAGACCUCAUUGCACUAUGGAGCUGUGCGUGCGUGUAAGAGUGUGUGUACAGAAGAGCAGAUGACUCCCGUGUGGUGUCAAAUAGAUGCACUGCCCACGCCCACUCCCGUCACUCUCAGUCUUCCACUAUUAGCCAAUUAAAGGACACCAUCACUCUGCCUGUUGUUGGUUAGGAUCAUUCGUUUUUAUUUUAUAUCUAAAGAAAGAUGUAUUGUUUUAAUUUAAUAAUGUAAUUAUUGUGUUCCAUCUUGUUGGGAAUUUUCUCUUGUUAAACAUGUAAUAAUUUAAGUUGGAUUUUUUUUAUUUGGCAGAUAAUGUAUGUAUGUAAGUAUGUAUGUAUGCAUGUAUGUAUUAGGCACUUGAGACCCCUGUGACUGUGUUGUAUUUAAGAGAAAAGUCGUAUGUACAGAGCCUGUCAUUUUUAUUCCUGGAAAUCAUCGCAAUAUUUUUCCAAAAUAAAAGA